AUGAUGCUUUUUAUCUUUUUAAGUGACCCACAGUUUGGUUACUGGUGCAAUGAGAAAUUAAGUGCACAUUUCAAUGACUGCCAUUUCACAGUCACUCAAAUCAGAACUGGAAUGCCACAAAAACAACUCCCUGUUAGCCCAGAGAAGAAAAAAAGAAGAAAGAAAGUAAAGGGGAAAUUCAGAUUAGUCACAAAGAAGUUCCCCGCCUGCUGCAAAGCGGCAGUGUUAAAACUGAGAGAGUCCGCUCUGCUCUUUCAAUUGCCUCUUAUCUCUGGUCCUGCCACCUCUGUGGAUUUGCUGAUUGAUACGCCUGGUUUUGUCUUCAGCUCCUUCUUGGCAGGGGAGACGUCAGUUCUCUCUCAGAUCUUCCUUUGGCCCAGUUUUCAUCUUUGCUGUAUCCAGACUGUGAAGAUGGAAGGGGUACAACCCCUGGAUGAGAAUGUGAGAAACGCGCCAGGUCUGAGAUUCCAGACGCACAAGCUCAUGCUGGUGGCCUCUGUGGUCCAGGGGCUGGGGCUGCUCCUGUGUCUCACCUACAUCUGCCUGCACUUUUAUGCUCCUCAGGUGCCACCUCAGUAUCCUCCAAUUCAAAGUAUCAAAGCACAAUUUACUGAGUGUGACAAUGAAAAAGGUUUCAUCCUCACAUCCCCAAACAAGGAGGAUACCAUGGAGAUACAAGACAACUCAAUCCCCAUCCCAUGUGAUGGGUUUUAUCUCAUCUCCCUGAAGGGCUACUUCUCCCAGGAGCUCAGCCUCAGCCUUCAUUACAGGAAAAACCAGAAACCCCUCUUCUCCCAUGACAAGGUCACGUUUGUUGACUCCAUCAUCGUGGCCUCUCUGCAUUACAAGGACAAAGUCUACUUGAAUAUGACCACUCACAAUACCUCCUGUGCAGACAUCCAGGUGAAUGGUGGGGAGUUAAUUCUCAUUCAUCAAAAUCCCGAUAGAUUCUGUGCUAAAUGA